UUGCUCCCAGCCGGUACCCGUAGGGACAGGCGUGCGGCGGGCGGUGGCUGUGGCGCUGGCUGCGGUGCCUGCGUGGCUCUAGAGGACCGACGCGGACCUGCAGCGGCUCGCUGAGGCCGUGGGUCGUCGCUGCAGCUGGCCAGGACUCUUGGGGUGAACUUGCGAGACAGAAAGGAGCAGAAGGGAAGGGAUGCACGGGCAUGGAGGCUACGACUCUGAUUUUAGCGAUGAUGAGCAAGGUGGAGAAUCCAGCAAGAAGAAGAAGAAGACAAUCGAAGAUGAGUUGCUGCUUACAAAACCAUUUCAAAAAGAAAAACAUGGAAAGGUGGCCCCUAAGCAAGUCGCUGCAGAGCUCCUGGACAGGGAAGAAGCAAGAAAUAGAAGGUUUCAUCUCAUAUCUAUGGAUGCUUAUCAAAGGCACACAAAGCUUGUAAAUGACUAUAUUUUGUACUAUGGUGGCAAAAGAGAGGACUUUAAGCGGCUGGGGGAGAAUGAUAAGACAGAUCUGGAUGUUAUACGAGAAAACCAUAGAUUCCUAUGGAAUGAGGAGGACGAAGCAGAUAUGACUUGGGAGAAGAGACUUGCAAAGAAAUACUAUGAUAAAUUAUUCAAAGAAUACUGCAUAGCCGAUCUCAGUAGAUACAAAGAAAACAAGUUUGGAUUUAGGUGGCGAAUAGAAAAAGAAGUAAUUUCAGGAAAAGGUCAAUUUUUUUGUGGAAAUAAAUGCUGUGAUGAAAAAGAAGGCUUGAAGAGCUGGGAAGUUAACUUUGGUUAUAUUGAGCAUGGUGAAAAGAGAAAUGCUCUUGUUAAAUUAAGAUUAUGCCAAGAAUGUUCUUUUAAAUUAAAUUUUCAUCACAGGAGAAAAGAAAUCAAGUCAAAAAAAAGAAAGGCCAAAACCAAGACUGAGUGUGAUGAGUCACCACAUAAGAAAUCCAGAUUAUCUUCUUCAGAGGACGCCUCCACGGGGAGGGACAAAGGACAUUCAUCCUCAAAAAGUACAGAAGAUUCUAGAAACAGAAACAGCGAUGAGGAAGACACUGCUUCAGAGUCUGAGCUCUGGAAGGGUCCACUGCCGGAGACAGACGAAAAGUCGCAGUAAGUGCUGAGAUUUGUA